UGGGACUGCCGGAAGCCGAUGGAGGCGGCCUCAGACGGAGCAUUGGGGGGAACGGUGUGGUGCAGGGCUGGUCAACUUCCCAGCUAAACUAAUCAAUUCCUCCUGUACAAGCUCUGCAUUCAUGCGCCUGUUUAAGAACCUCUUGAACAUCCCGAUCAUAUCUGCUUCCUCAUUCUGUGUAAAGAACCUGCCCUGCAACAUCCCUUUUGAAAUUAUCCCCUUGAUGCAUGCCCGCUGAUAUCAGACAUUUCAAACUUGGGGGACAGAUUCUGACGCCGUUCCUGAGAAAACAACCUGAUUCACCCUCUUAUUAGCACAUUGCCUCUAAUCCAGGUACUGACAGAUUGGGAACAACUUUGCUUCGUGUCAUGCUGCCUUUUUUUUGGCCUUUCACUAGCAGUGUACGUGACCAAAGCUGCUUAUCCCGAUCUUCAUACUUGAACUGCUGCUCUCGGUGGGAGUGUGGUGUAUGAGAGAGAGAGAGCGACAGCUUAUAAAGGUGCAGUAAUCCUUGAGUGAAUUAAACAUCAAGCAGGUGAACUGAGGACUGCUUGGAGCUGAGAAUGUUGAGUCGGCUACAGGAGCUGAAAAAGGAAGAGGAAGCUCUGCUGAAGAUCAAAACCACUUUGCAGGAUCAGCUAAACAGACUCAAGGUGGAAGAGUUGGCCUUGCGAUCCAUGAUCACAACCAAAGAGCAAGGUGACACAGUUGACAAUGACGGGAGUGGACAGGCACCUGAAUCUCUAGAGUCUUUGAUGCAGGUAGACAAUGAAUGUGCCAUCAAUCAAACCCAGCUUCAGCUGAGCACAUCCCAGUUCGUUACUCAUGUAAGACAGGAGGAGGAGGAGGAGGAGGAGGAAGAGGAAUACAAUUAAAUGAAAUUUUGCGGCAAGACUAACAGUGCACAGGUGUUUGCAAUAAUUUUUUUCAAGCCGAAGAUGAAGAUGAUGGUAGGACAGAUAUCAGGCUAUGCGUGAUGCAGUCUGUAACUUCUGAAACAUUAUGUGGAAUUUGAAUCUAGAAGGUGGUCUUCAUUGCUGCACCUCCUGGAUGGAAACUGAGAAGGAAAGGCUGCAGAGGCGGUGGAAAUGAGUGACCUGCAUAGAAAUGUGUUAUUGACACAAAGCUGACAAGUCACUGGGACUUGAAAAAAUGAAAUCAGAUGUGCAAGAAUACACGAGAAGUAGGAGGAUGUGAAGUUUCAUGAUUCUGAUGUUUAUUGGAAGGUUGCUGGGGUCUUAGAACAAUAUUGCUGGAUAUCUGAAUUAUAGUCAUACACUGCAGACAUCUUUUAUUGAUUCAUUGCAUCACGUAGGGAUCUCUGAUGGUAACUAACUAUUAAAGCAGUAUUUUAAAAUAAAGGUCUGUGGAAAAAGUACUGAAAUAUUGUUGGCCUCAACUAGAUAAUACCCCACUCCUAAAUAUGGCAAAGAAGGAUGAGAUGUUUGUUUCCAAGAGUGAGGUCAAGUUGUGGUCCACCCCAAGAAGAAGGAGGUGCUCUCAUGGAUUGAUGUUUUAUGGGGUAUUGAAUGAUUUUUGUACUGCUGCAUGUUAGCCUAUGAAUUGUUAUCUAUAGAACCAUUACUCCCACUCCUUACUCAGCCAUCUCUAGACUCCUGUAAGUGUCCUCCCAGGUAGCAUGAUUGGAACUCUGUAAAAUUGCUCUUGCAUUUUGGGUGGUGUGAACCACUGAAUUACCUUGCAGACAAGUUCAUCUUGUGUUCUGGUUUAUCAUGUGGAGCCUCGCCUCCCUCUAAUCGCCUGCUGUGCUGACUCUGGUCACGGAAUGGCAGGCCACAGAUUUGUAAGAUUUGCCCAGUGCUUUCAAUCAUUACCUGGUGUUUAUCCACAUCACUGUUUUAUCGUGGAACAGCGUGCCAGUGAACUGUGAACCAGUGGGUGUUCUAUGGCUACACACACUGGCACUUUAGUGAUGACAGUUCAAAUGGUAAAGUGUAAUUGGGGCCAUGGUAUGAGGAGGGGGCUUUGUAGAUGUAACGGCUACUAUUUUCAAAUUACAAACACAAAAUAAUCUGCAGAUGCUGGGGUCAAAGCAACACUCACAACACGCUGGAGGAACUCAGCAGGCCGGGCAGCAUCCAUGGAAAAGAUCAGCGUGUUGUGAGUGUUUCAUUUUCAAGUUACAAAUUUGUAUUUUGAAUCCAAUUAUAUAUUCAUUCUCAUGUAAACCUAUUGUCACUUCAUCCUGCCAGUGAUGAGGCUCUCUGUACUCCACAGUCAGGGAACGAUAGGUUUGAGUACAUCAUUACAAAUUUACUUUGAACCAACAUUCAUAAAUGUAGCUUCAGUUAAAAAUGUGGAUUAACGUGUUUCUCAUUAUAAGUGUGUGUAAGAUCUUACAUAAAAGUUAAUGACGCAAUAAAUAAUUAUACAACAGGAGGAGGCAGUGAACACAAUUGGUUGGGAGGUUCUUGUUGAAACCUUGAAAAGCUAUGAACAUAAUUUUUUUAAAUGUUCCAAGAUUUGUGAGACUGAAUUUCUAGAAUUGAAUAGUAUGCAUUCAACAGAGCCCACUAACGUGGCCAGUGAAGCCUUUUGCAUUCAGUCCAUCUGUAGUGUGUUAUACUUUCUAUCUGAGUUUGAUUUAAAACUCGCCCAUCAGCCUGCUGUUAGCACUGACAUACUCUAAGUCCUGAUGAAAUUGGUUGAUUUUUGGCAGCAGUACAGUACAAUACAUAAAAAAAAUUAGAAGAAGCCAUAUAUACACACACUCUCAGUGGCCACUUUAGUGCCUGUGUAUGUGCGGUGCUACUAGAGUGCCUGUGUAUGUGCGGUGCUACUAGAGUGCCUGUGUAUGUGCGGUGCAAAAAAAGAGCGAAAGUAGUGAGGUAGUGUUCAUGGGUUCAUGGACCGUUUAAAAAUCUGGUGGCAGAGGGGAAGAAGCUGUUCCUAACAUGUUGACUGUGUGUCUUCAGGUUCCUGAAUCUCCUCCCUGAUGGUAGCAAUGAGGAAAGGACAUGUUCUGGAUGGUGAGGGGCCUUAAUGAUGGAUGUUGCCUUUUUGAGGCAUUGCCUUUUGAAGAUGUCAUUGAUCUGUAAGAUGCUCAGAAAGAGAGGGGAGUGGAGAAAAGGAGAGAGGUGCUGUGUGUUCAGGUGGACAGCAGAGCAGGAAUAAGAUGAUCACAGUCUCCGUUCUGUAUCCUGUUCUAAUAAAGAACUGAAAGGUUAACUUAUUAACGCAUGCAGUCUGACCUGAGAAUUUUUGGUAUUUUCAUUAAUUACAGUCAUGUAACCAGCGUGGUUCAGACUGUACUUGGGGUUUGUUCACAUUGUCAGAGUGUGUCUGAGCCCAUUUCAUUUGGACUUGCAGAUCCAGGUAGAGCUAAAGUAACUCGGACUAUAAUGUGAAAUGGGAUCAGAAUCAACUGUUCCACCUCCUGGAGAAGUUUAUUCAAGAUUCAGUAUUGUUCAAUGUCAUUCCCAGUGCACGAGUGUAAAGGAGAACAAAAUUAUUGUUACUCUGUAUCCAGUGCAGCACAAAAAAUAAAAUACAAUAGAAAACAAUAAAUAUAAAUACAUAAGAUAGUUUAUCUAUAUUGAUUGUAUGUCCAUAAAGUGAUACUAGGCACA